AUGGAUGCACGAACAGAAGUCUCAGAUGCCACCGAGGCGUCAACAAGACCACGAAUAGCGCAACUCCCUGCUAGUUGUGACCCUCCGCAGCCCAAUGCUGCUGUGAAGCAAUUGGUCUGGGUGAUCUUUGGAGGGACAGGACAAAUGGGACACAGCCUUGUCAAAAGCGCACUUACACAUGGAGAUUUAGUGACGUCGGUUGGUCGCGUGUUUGAGACAAGCCUUAAUGACAUGGAGAAUAUCCAUGAGAACUGUCUCGGCGCGUUGUGCGACGUUCGCGCCCGCGAAUCCGUGAAUCGAGUCAUCGAGCGCACGCUCCAACGCUUCGGCCGCAUCGAUAUCGUCGUCAAUUGCUCUGGCUACGGUGUGAUUGGCGCCUGUGAGGAUCAGGAUGAGCACGAUAUACGCAAUCAGUUCGAGACCAACUUCAUGGGGACACUUCACAUCAUCCACGCUACACUGCCCUAUUUUCGGAGACAGAAUGCUGGCCGUUAUCUCAUCUUCAGCUCGACUUCUGGCGCGUUGGGUGUUCCUGGCCUGGGCCCUUACUGCGCGACUAAGUAUGCGGUUGAGGGCUUGAUUGAGGCCAUGCUCUACGAGACCGAUGCCUUUAAUAUCAAAGCUACGCUGAUCGAGCCAGGCCAUGUAAGGCCUGAAGAGCCCGAGAUCCAAGACUCAACACUUCCAACAUCCUGGGGUCAUUUUCUCGUGAAGCCGCCGAGCGAAACAUACGGUCAUCCAACAUCGCCCGCAUUACACGCCCGGCGGAUCGUCCAGUGGCUCGGCGACAAGUAUCGACCUACAAGUGCAGUCAAAUGCGCCGAGCUUGUAUGGCAACUCGGGCACUGCUCGUAUCCUCCCCUUCGUCUUUUGUUAGGAAGCUAUGCGAUUGAAAGCAUUCGCGAUCGCAUGCGGUCCGUGACUGAGGAACUGGAAGAUUGGAAACACCUCAAUUUCCCUGCUGGACCAGAAGACGACAGAGAAACUGGCGAAGAAACAGCAAUGCCAGAUGCCCCCGAAGCUGCUUUGUAA